AUGUCUUCGCAAGUUUUGGAAGAAGUGGAACAUAAUAGAGAGGCUGAGAACAUUGGUAAUCGCUCAAAUUGUUACUCAGAAAGCCCUCAAGUCAACCUUAAGAACCAAAAUGGAGGCCAAUUCCUAACUCAAGUUGGAGUUCCAUCUCAGGUAUCUGAAGUUGCUGACCUUGAUUCCUCUGAAACCCCCAUCACAUUCUCCAAGAAUUGGUUAACCCUUGAGUCCGAGCAGCUAAGAUUUGCAAGUAAUUCAAGCUCUUUAAGUCUUCCUGUAAAAAGAAUUUCACAAGAAGAUUGGUCUGGUUCAGGUCUUAAUGGGAACUCUGAUGACAAUCAGCUUGUGAUACCUUCUCUAACAACGAGAAAGAUUCGACAAAUUUUAAUGGCUUCCAGAAGAUUAAACUCAAACCAACAAAAACUUGAAAUUGGGGGAACUACUUUUGGAUACCAUAGAAAGCACAACCUAACUUCAUCUUUAAAGUCCACAGAUAGUAUCUCAAGGACUUCAGUUUCCUUCCAGAGCUUUAGCCAGUCAAAUGAAUUAGGAACAGUGAGUAAGAAUGCUAAUCUCGAUCAAAACCACUUCAACUCUUCUUCGGAUAAAUCCAAUAACUUUCGUUCACCUAAUGAUUCUCAAAACCAUAGAAUUCAACAAAAAUCAGGAUUCUUGGAAUCUUCGAAUAUUGCAAGGAGUCAUAAGUUAUACCAAGGAGGAAGCUCAGAUAUGUGUUUUUCACAGCAAUACAUUUCCCAGGGUCAAUGCCAUAUGGAUAUACUCAAAGAAGAAAUACACUUGAUGGAACAACUGGAGCAAGGAGUAUUACUAUUUAACAACUCGCCAGAAGAGGGAAUCUCUUAUAUGAUAGAACAUGAACUUUUGGAGGAUGACCCUCUAUACAUUGCAAAUUUCAUCCUCCAUACUGACUUCUUAGACAAACGUAAAGUUGGAGAACUUUUGGGAGGGCAUUCCAACCUUUCUUUGAGUAUACUUAAUAAUUAUGUCCACUUAUUUAAUACCAAUUCUUUGGAACCAGAUAUCGCUUUAAGGCAUUUCUUAUCUCGAUUCUUUCUUCCAGGGGAAUCCCAAAUGGUUUAUAGAAUUCUAGAAAGAUUCUCUGUUAGUUAUAUACGAGACAAUCCAACCACUUUGUAUACCUCAGAUCAGAUUCACACACUUUGUUAUGCUUUGGUAAUGUUAAAUACAUCUCUCCAUAACUCCCAUGUACGAACAAAGAUGACUAAACAGGAAUUCAUCAAUAUGUGUACACACUCCAAUCUUCCAGCAACAAGUACUCAACUGGAAAUCAUGUAUGAUAGAGUUGCUGAUAACGAGAUAAAACCAUUAUUGUCCCCUUCUGAAAAGGUAUAUGGAAGACUUUCUAGAGAUCCAAAAGUCUUGAGAGCUAAACAGGUAUCCGAAAUUAAUCCAACUCUUCUUCAAAAAGGAACUGUUUUUAGGAGAUUCAUAAACAAAAAUAGCUCACAUAGCAUAAUUGCUUGGAUAUCUUCAGAUUCCAAAUUCUUCUGCUGGAAAAAGGUCAGAAGUAAAUCAAGUCACUUAUUCAACCCAGGUAACUUUGUUAGUAACAUGUCUCCCCAAUUUAAUAAACUAGUCAGUUACAACAAGAAACGUAUUUUUAAAUAUCCAAAUAGUAAUAGUAAUAAUAGCAGUAACAAUAAGGUCACAGAUUCCAACAUUCUCCAAAAAGAUCAAGGUCAAUUUGAAAACCAAAGCCGUAUACUAACAAACCAUUCUAGAAUUGCAAACAAAAUCCGUAAAGCUUUAGGAAUGGAUAUUUCUGAUCUUUCCUGUAUACUCCUUGAUGAUAUUAUAGAUAUUAAUGUGGGUGUCUCUAGUAAGAUCCAUUUAGAUCGGAAAUCAAGUAAGAUCAUGAGAAAGGGAACUACAAGCUUUUCCUCAUGCAAAAACAAUGUAAAUCAUUUGCAGAACGAACUUGAAUCCAAAUGUUUCUCACUAAUAAUUCGCUCAGGAGAAUCCAUUAACCUCUGUUCUCUAGACUCCACCUUUCCAUCUUUCCUUAUAUGGGUAAGAUUUUUUCACCAAACCAUUCUCAAAAACCAAGAAACCAAAGAAAACAAUGAAAGCCAUGAUAGUAAUGUUAUGACUGUUUACGGAAUCCCAAACUUAGACAAAGGAAUUGAAAGUGACCUAUUGAGAGUAUGGCACCAUGGAAUUUUCAUACAGUGGGAAAACCACUGGAGCUUAAAUUCAUUUAUAAACUUAUGCAAUUCUGAACUUCCCAGUUCAGUUCCUCUUUUAAAUAAAGAGGCUCUACCAUCAAAUUCAAAUUCCAAUUCCGCUUCUGCUUCUGCUUUGUUUGGUUUCCAAGCUGGGCCAUCUCCUGAUAAUAAUCCCACUAACCUGCUCCAAGAAAUAGUUUCUGUGCAAAAAGAGAACCUAAUCUCAAGUACUGCGAGCUGUAGUAAGCCAAAACCAAAAGUAUCUCCUGAAUCCAAAAAGGUAGCUUGGAUACAAAAGAAAGGAAAUAAACACAGAACUCUUCCACAACAGUCAUCCUUUUUACAUAAGUUUAAGAACAUAUUUAAUCUUCUCAAAAUAAAAAAACCCAAAUAUGCACUUCCAAGCCAUAAUCUGCACAAUAAAUGCAUUAACUACCAAGCACCAAUAUCCCAUCUUAUUCUACACCUCUGGGUUAAUAAUAUCCCCUGUUCCUACAGAGGAAUUCUCUGGAAUAUUGCAGUAGGAAAUCAACUCCAAAUCCAAAUUUCGACUUUUAAUCAUCUUUUAAAACUCAGAAAUAGUUUUCUGGCAGACUUGUCAAAAUCAUAUAGCCCCCCCAAAUGUGGGGAAGAGCACAUGUGCAUGCAUACAUGCAUAGAAGGCGGGCCCCUUAAAGAGGCAUUUUUCAUUCAUCUUAAAAGAUUUCAUAGAGAUAUUUCAAAUGUAUUUCCUGAACUCCAUUCGUUUUUUAUUGGAGCUGGAGCGGUCUUGGGAUACAGAAUUUGGGAGCGAAUGAAACCCAAACAAAAAUCAAAAAGCUCAAGACAGAGACUAAUAAUUGCCGAACAGUCUGACUCUUCCUUUACCCCUGCUCCUUCACCUUUAGGCGGGUUUUCUCCAAUGUCACAUAUUAACCAGAGUAUUCUGGAGGGUGAAGAAGAUUCAGAACUUGAAAGUGUAUUGAUGUUUUUUAACGAUAAUCCGAGCAUAUACAGAAUUGACCAGAGCACAAAAAUUCUGGUUGAAUGUUUCAUCCUGUACAGACCUGAUAUAGGUUAUGUUGAGGGGAUGAGCCACAUAGCGAUGAUUCUUUUACUCUUUAAUAUCAAUUUAAUGGAAGCUUUUAAAACUUUUACCAACCUUUUGCAUAGCUGUUACUUUUUGGAUAUGUUUAUGCUCAACCACAGAAAUGUAAAAAUGAGGUUGGACUUUUUUGACAUGUUAUUUAAAGAAUUAAUGCCCUCUUUGGCCUGCCAUUUUGAUCUUCUCAGUAUCACAUCGGACACCUAUUUAAUUUCAUGGUUCACUUCUUUAUUUUCUACAUGCAUUCCAAUCCAAGUUAUUCCCAAAGUUUGGGAUUCACUUUUUCUUUUUGGAGAACCGUAUGCCUUCCAAGUUGCUCUUGCCGUUCUUAAGUACCAUGAACACAAACUAAUUAUGACCUCCUUUGAAGGGUGCAUCUCCAUCCUCCACAGUAUUCCAUCUACGUUUGACUUUAGAAGAUUCAAUCGUGCCCUUGAGCAGUUUAAUGGGACUAUUUCCCAUAGAUUUGGGCUCUGGCUUGCCGCUCAAAGACUUUCCGAGCAAAAAACAGAGCUAAUGGAGGAGCUAUUUUAA